AAGUUUACCAUUAUAAUCUUAAUAGCACUAGUCUUUCAGCAGUGGAUUUUAUGGCUAAAUGGGGGAGUUGUUUCUUGUAAACACAAUAGCACCAUUGACCCAUUGACUGUGUGUUCCAUGUGCAGUGGUUUUCACAGCAACACUGAGGUUUGUCAUAAAGGAGGUUAUCAUGACACUUCCAUAUCAGCUGUGGCCUAUCUUUAUUCUUCUUAUUUUGGAAAUACAAAUCACAUCUUCAGCCCCUGACUUCUCAAUUCACCUUCACUCUAUCCUGAAGAACCACACAGCCCAUGCCUGUGAAAAUGACAUCCUCACCAUUGUGUGUCCACCCAGAACUUCUGUAGUGGUUCUAUCUGCCUUCUAUGGACGCCGUGUUCUCGGCCCACCUCUUUGCCUUUCUACUAGCCCAAACAACAUGAUGGAGGAGGACACACAUUGUACAUCUGCAUUUGCUAUUGAGAAAGUUCGAUCAGAGUGUCAAGAUCGACAGUCGUGUCACAUCUCUGUUUUAAGCCUGUUUUUUGAGAAAGACCCGUGUCCACUCACCACCAAAUACCUCCAGGUUUCAUAUAAGUGCCAGCCACAGCACCACAGAACACGACUGGCGUGUGAAAAUGAACAUCUGCGGUUGCUUUGUAAAAACAGCACAGUUCUUGCCAUCUACUCAGCCACAUUUGGACACCUGCUACAUGGAAGUCCCAACUGCAGCAAAGAACCAGGAUCUUACACAGACAUGGAGUGUGUGUCUGCCACGGCUUUGAGGAAGGUGUCCCGCAGAUGCCAUGGCAAAGAGAGUUGCUCACUAGUGGCAGAUGUUAUGACCUUUGGAGACCCCUGUUUCCCAGGGACCAGGAAGCACCUGCGAGUGUCCUUCACUUGUGUUCCCCAAUAUCUUCUGACAGAUGUGGGAUUUGGCUCAACAAAUCCUUUCAUGAUCUCGGACUAUACCCAUGAUUUUCCCGAAAAAGUGGUAUUGUACUUUGUCUCUGGCAUCUGUGCUGGUCUGGUGUUUCUGCUUUGCCUCUUUGGUCUUCGCUCGAUGUCCACACUCGUCAAAGAUGUUAAAGAAAUGGUGUCUGGUUUGAAUGAUGAGCUAUCCCAAAGACAUUGUCAGAGCAUCAGGGAAGACCUCUUUGAAGAUGAACUCUCAGACACAUCAUCCUUCCGCUGCCUCACAAAGUCACACUGCUCUGACAUGCAUAGUUCUUCAAUGUUGACUUUACAGAUGGCAGAACAAGAGGUACAGCAAAGAGAACUGCCCAGAGACAACAGUUAGGCAGUUAGUAACACAAAGACUGCAGCUUAUAGGCCUAUUCACCUUCACUGUCAAUGUAUGCCCUAAAAAUAAUGUAAUAUACCAUUAACACCAUACCAGCUUGCCUUAUUUUUUCAUUUUAUCAAGCAAACCUUCAACAAAUGCACUAUGCUGUUGCAAUAUAACUGUGUGCGUGUGUGUGAUGUACAAACAAAACAAAAGAAAUAAAACAAUUUGUC